AUGGAAAAGCAGCAAUGCGAUGAGAAGAGAGAAAACGACGAAGAAAUCAUAGCCAAAUUGACGAUACUAAAGAUAUCCUCUGUAAUCAAAAAUGGAGAUAUAUCAAAUUGCAGAGAACUAAUUUUAAAAAACAGAAAUAUAGAAGAAUGUGAAGAAUUAUAUCAAAUGAAAAAUUUGCAAAAAAUUGACUUGAGUGAAAACAAAAUAAAAGAUCUGUCGAUGCUAGAAAUGAACUUAAAUUUACAGCAAAUCGUUUUACAAUACAAUUUAAUAGAUAACAUAAAUUACCUAAGCAACAUAAACAACUUAGUGUACCUAAAUUUGUCCAACAAUAAAAUCAAAAUAAUGGAUGGGGUAUGCGAAUUGGGAAAUUUGAAAACGUUAAUAUUAGCAUAUAACGAGAUUGAGAAAGUUCCCAAUUUAGCAAAUCUCCAAAAUUUGGAGACACUCAUUUUAAAGAACAAUAAAAUUGAAACGUUUGCAAAACCGACCAAAAAUGAGAGAAUUUUGUUUUGGUUCCCAUUUUUCAAAUGUACAAGAGUUACGAUUAAACAGUAA